CUUUUUUGGUCGUUCUAAAAGAGAAUUAACAAUGAUCGAUCACCAAAAAAAAAAACUAGUCGUAGAAAAGAAACAGAGCCUCACGUAACUAAAAGACCUCCAUUAAUUACAAACUAAACAGAUGGAAGAAGAUCUCGUGGUGAUAUCAAGGAGCAUAGUAAUCCCCAGAAACGCCAAGAAAUCAACUUCCUUCAACAAGAAGAAGAUUCAUCUCCUCCCAUGGGAUCUCGCUCGUCUUCGCUUUGGCUACCUUCAAAGAGGUCUUCUUUACUCCAAACCUUAUCCAAAAAUCGACACACUUCUCUCAAAGCUACAAACUUCACUCUCCCUCGCGCUUGAUCGUUUCCACCCUCUAGCUGGUCGUCUCGUAAAGGUACACAACAACGACGAUACCGACACCGUCUCUUUCCACAUCAACCCCGACGGUUCAGGUGUGGAGUUCGUCCACGCCGCGGCUAGAAACAUCGAGGUCAGUGAUAUCCUCAGAUUAUCAUCUUCUUCUUCUUUUGUCCCGAGUGCUUUCACCUCCUUCUUCCCAGCUACUGGGGUCAAGAACUGCGACGGUGUCUCGAGAUCUCUGCUUAUGGUUCAAGUGACUGAGAUGAAAGAUGGCAUCUUUAUCGGUUUCGGUUACAACUCUACUGUAGCUGACGGAGAGUCGAUCUGGAGGUUCUUGAACUCGUGGUCGGAGAUCUGCUCCAAGGGUGGUGGUGGUUUAGGCUCUGAAGCUCGUCUUCAGCUUAAAGGUUGUGUCUUUGACGAGAUUGAUUACCCAAUCCGUAUCCCAGACCCUGAGGCGAAAGCAGUUAGCUACGCGGGAUCGACUGGUUUGCAGGAGCUGAUGUUUCAUGUCACCAAGGAGAAUGUUUUGAGACUUGAAGCUAAAGCCAACGAUGAGAAAGUCUCGUCUUUUCAAGCUGUGUUAGGACAUGUUUGGUGUUCGUUGGCUAAGCACGGUGGGAUGAGCAGAGAGGAAGAGACUCAUUGCAGGUUACCUAUAGACAUGAGGAGAAGGCUGAGUCCACCGCUUGGAGAAGAGUGUUUUGGGAACGUGAGUCAGACGGGGAUAGCUAGAGUGACGGUCGGUGAGCUGAUGGAGCAUGGAGUAGGGUGGGCGGCUGGGAAGAUAGACGAGAUGGAGCGGUCGCAGACGUAUGAGAACGCGAGAGCGUUUGCGGAGAGAUGGGUGGGAGAUGUGAAGAUUCCGGUUUCCGUUGGUGGUAGAGAUUUGGUUGUGACGAGUUCUCACCGGUUUGAUGUGUAUGGAAAUGAUUUCGGUUGGGGUAAACCGGUUGCUGCGAGAGCUGGGCCGCCGUAUGUGAACGGGAGGCUGGUUGUGUUCCAAGGAGUUGAGGAAGGGAGUCUUGAUUUCCAGGCUUGCUUACUGCCUCAAGUAAUGGAGAAACUAUCAGACGAUGUUGAAUUUAAAGAGUAUGUGAGCAUUGUAUUAUGAUUAUGAUUAUGAUGGUUUGGUUCGACAAUUCGAAUCGAAUUUAAAAUGUGUGUUUCCUCCCUUUUCUGAUUGUUUGUAAUUCAUCAACCUGAUUACAUGAAAUUCAGAUGGCCAUAAACAUUUUAAAAAUAA